AUGACUCUGUGCAGGCGCUCAAGUCAAUAUGGCGGAGGACGGGAUUCGAUGCACGGACCAGGGCAGAUGAAGGAUCCAAGAAACUUGUCUGACAGAGGAAUCUACCGCAAAAACAUCAAAUACCUUAUGCAUUUCCUAACAGAGUACAACUAUCCAAAUCCAAUUUCCGAGAGGAUUUUGAGUGCACCAUCCAUGAAAGAAUUCAAAAAGAUAUUUUUGUUUAUCUACAAAUUCAUCAAUCCUGUCAUCAAAGACUCUUCUAUUGACAAGAAACCAGAAGAAGAAAUACCAAAGAUUUUCAAAAUGCUUGGCUACCCUUUUCCCAUCAACAAGACAUCAAUGUUUUCUGUUGGAAGUCCCCACACUUGGCCUAACCUUCUUGGUGCAUUGAGUUGGCUGAUAGAGCUAACUAAGUUUUCAUUCAAUAUAGCUCAAGAUAUUGAAGGAAAUAUUAUGUUUCCUGAUGAUGUUUCUGAUGAUCUGACACAAGACAGUCAUGGCUACUUAAACAGGUAUUAUUUCAACUAUCUUGAAGAGKCUUAUACUGCAUUCAUGAGAGGAAAAGAGUUGGAUGAACUGGAUGACUUGCAGCAGACGUUUUUUGACAAAAUAAGAAGCCAAAAUGCAGGUUUCUACAAUGAACUCGAAGCAGUUGAGACUGAAAACGCUCACCUUGARCAAGAGCUAGCUAAACUUGAAGGGCCUUCAAGACUUGAGUCGCUUGUAGCAAAACAGAAAACUCUAGAGGUUGACCGAAAAAAAUUUAGCCAAUACAUCGAAGACUUAAAGAGRCACUCGAAGAAGUUAAAGGAAUCAAAUGACUUGCAAGAAGAAGAAAUUAUUUCCCUAAAGAGGGAGUUAGAAGCUAUCACUGUUGAAAACUGUAAACUACAAGUUAUUAUGGAGGAACAGGAGAUAAGCCCAGCUGAUGUCGAAAGRAUGAAGAAAGAAAAACAAGACCUGAUUAAACAGCUUCAGUUCUGGGAGAAAGAAAGGGACUUGAUUGAACAACAGAUAUGGAAUCAAGAAAUCAAGUUUGCCAAAAUUCAUGAAGAGACUAGUCAAACAAUACGUGAGUACAACGAACUAGCAAGRAAGAUGAAAAUAAUACCAGCAAACGCUGAAAAUGCUCAUGGAAUCGACUUCGAGAUACGAUACAAUGCUCAACAGACCGACAUGGCCGCUGAAUUUAAAGAAGUCGUUAAGCCAGCUUUGGUGCGUCUCCAAGAAAGGAUUUCAGAACACAACCGAGAGCUCCAAACAGAGCUUGUUACAGAAGAAGAAAACAUAGAUAAGUUUGCAGACAUGAUCAACGAGAAACAAGAAGAGCUUGACGCACUGAUGGCCAAACAGGAAGCUUUUGAUAAGGAAUUUGAGAUGCAAAAAAAGGUUAUGGCAGAAGAGCUCCAGAGAUACACACAAAUGGUAAAAAAUCAAGAAGAAAAACUACAAGAAACAAAGAAACAAGUGCAUGACUUUGACGAGAAGAAGAAAGCAGAGCUAAGAGAAAUACAAACUAGGGCAGACGAGAAAGCUGCAGAAUUUAACCAAGAAGUCAAUGAAUUGAAGAAGUUUGUAACAGAUGCGUGUCACGUGGUCAUGGCGCACAAAACAGCCAUGAGUGUUAUGGCAGACGAGCUCCAGAGAUACACAGAAUUGGUCAAAAAUCAAGAAGAAAAACUACAAGAAACAAAGAAACAAGUGCAUGACUUUGACGAGAAGAAGAAAGCAGAGCUAAGAGAAAUACAAACUAGGGCAGACGAGAAAGCUGCAGAAUUUAACCAAGAAGUCAAUGAAUUGAAGAAGUUUGUAACAGAUGCGUGUCACGUGGUCAUGGCGCACAAAACAGCCAUGAGUAAACUGGUUAAAGAGGUGGAACAGAAGGCAAAUGCUGCGUUGAAGGAAACCAAAAGUUUACAAUCGCAACUACCUGAGAUAUGUCAAGAGUUUAUGAAAAAGAUGUAA